AUGUGCAGAAGGAGGAAACUGCGAUGUGAUAGAGCCCACCCUUGUGGAGCCUGUAGCCAACGAGGUCUCUCCUUGUCUUGCACAUAUCCUCCUAGCGCAGGCGAGACGGGACGGAUCACCAAAGAGCAGCAACCAUCAGCAAAAUCAACCUUGCCAGAGCGCAUUGGACAGCUGGAAAAGUUGAUCACGGCUAUUGUGGAUGAUGCCGGCAACCAAAAGACGAAGACUUCCAUUCGGAUUCAACGUCAGGACCCACCCAAUGGGAACGAAGCCAAGGCGACAUCACAAGCCGAAGCAGAGGCCGCAAGUGAUCCAUCCGACUCAUUUGGUCAUAUCUCAUUACAAGAUAGCAAGACAACAUAUGUCCAAGAGACACACUGGACCGCAAUUCUCGAUGGGAUCACGGAGCUCAAGGACUCGGUACAGCAUGAGGUAGCAGCUAAUUCGAGUCAACCAUUUUUUAUACAUAACUCCUCGGAUAUGCUGUUCCCCAACUGUGAGCCCACCACCCAUACAGAAGUCUUGGAACAGCUACCCUCGCGAGAAACCUGCGACAGACUUGUCGCUGAUUACUUUAAUUACACAUCUCUGCCAUUGCUUCAUGGCCCCUCAUUUUUGAGAGAGUAUGACCGGUUUUGGGCGGAUCAUACUUCAACACAUAUAAUGUGGAUUGGAAAGUUAUAUGGUGUUAUGUCUCUUGCUUUGAUGUUCCAAAGCGAGGGUGAGUCUUUGAAGAACAGGAACGAGUUGAUCGCACAGUUUGACAAGAAGGUAAACCAAUGCCUGGUGCUUGGUGGAUACCAAAAUUGUCCCCCAAAUACGAUUGAGACUAUAUGCUUUACUCUGAGUACCCAGUUCAACCGAAUGGGAAAUGGUGAGGUUAACAGCGUAAUCAUUCUGGGUAUUCUUGCACGUAUGGCCCAGCGUAUGGGUUACCACCGCGAUGCAUCUCAUUUCCCUCACAUUACUCCUUUUCAGGGUGAAAUGAGACGAAGAGCCUGGGCGAUGAUCACCAACCUUGAUGUGAUGCUUUCAUUGUCCGUUGGGCUGCCCCGCCUAUUGAGAGAGUUCCAGUCAGAUACAGCACCCCCGCGGAAUCUUUUGGAUAGUGACUUUGACGAGGACACGAAAGAGCUACCACCACCACGCCCUAACUCGUACUCGACGCCCUGUCAGUGGCUCGUCGCCAAGAACAAAGUGACUCUAAUCAUGGGCAUUAUCACCGAUUUUUCAACUUCGAUUCGGAGGCCAAGCUAUGCAGAAGUCAUGCGCUUGGACCAACUCCUGCUUGAUACAUACUUGGACAAUCCAGAAUUUCUACUGGAGCGGCCUUUGAGCCAAUCCCUCAUGGACACAUCAGAGACCAUUCUCCAUCGUAUCCAGUUGAUAUGUCUGUUUGCGAAGGCGAGAUGCGUUCUGCACUAUCGGUACCUUGCAUCUUCGAGGACCGAUGAAAGAUAUUCCUACUCUCGCAGCACCUGCAUUGGAGCCGCUCUGAAAAUCCUUGAGUACCAACGCUUGAUGAAUGAAGAAACACAACCUGGGGGUCGCCUGUUUCGUGAAAGAUGGAAGGUUAGGUCACCAAUUAUGAGAGGAGUGAUUUUAUUAGGGACGACCCUCCUCUGCCUUGAACUGAAUUAUGAUCUUUCAAAUACUCCAACGAACAACCCAAAGUCAAGACCACUGACGGAACUCGUCAGAGCUGCAAUCGUUCAGGCACUUCGGACGUCAUAUAGCAUCUGGUCUGAAGCGGGUGACUCCUACCCCAAGUCUACCAGCACAAUUCAAGCAAUCGACUUGGUCUUCCAAAAGCUUCAAAACCAACAAGACUCUCCCUCGCCAGGCGCUGUGCCCAAUUCCGCCGAUUUUUUCAAUGUUGAACCUGUCGCCGGGUCCCCAAAUGAUCCUUUUGCUGGCGCAAAUCUAAAUAUCUGGCCUGAGCUUGGGGGCGCAAUGUUCUUGGACCAUGCAAACAACUUCCCCCAGCUUCAACCGAAUUAUUUGAAUUCCCCAGUCCCGUCAUCUCAUGUCGCACCUGAGCUAUUGGAUCUGACAAACAGUGUGGAUGAGAUGCUUGGCAUCUCCUUGAAUUAUCCUCGGAUGACUGAUCUUCCACAAUGA